GUAGGGAGUUUCCCGGAGACACAGAAGUGGGUAUAUAUGAUCGCUCCGGGACUGAGAUGCUACAGAAUCUUACAAAUCCUUGUGGAGUUGAGAAGUAAACUUGCAAGAGAUCAACAUGCAGUCUACCUUUAUGUUAUGUUUCGCUGUUCUACUUGCAUGCGUGUGUGCUCGAAUGACCACUCCCGAUGCGUAUAAAGGAAGGCCUCUUCGCGAGCAGUUAUCACGCUCUGUUAAACGUCACGCUCGAGAUGUGAGUUGGUCGACUAACGCUGGCAGAGGACAGGUCUUCGGAACUCUGGGCAGCACUGAUGACUCAUUAUUCGGUCGUGGAGGCUACAAGCAAGACAUCUUUAACGACCACCGUGGCCACCUACAAGGUCAGGCAUAUGGCUCCAGGGUGCUCGGGGCUUAUGGCGACAGCACUUCCUUGGGGGGCAAGCUGGACUGGUCCAAUGACAACGCGAAGGCUAGUCUUGAUGUCUACAAGGAUAUUGGACGUGGUAGUGGCAUGAAGCUAUCAGGUGAUGGUGUAUGGAAACUGGACCAUAACACCAGAUUGUCAGCCGGUGGUAAUCUGCAGAAGAACUUCGGCCAUGACAGACCAGAGAUCGGCAUCCAAGGAAAGAUUGAACACGAUUUUUAAACAGACAUUGCAAAAGUCUUCAUGCACAUGACAUUGUAAAUAUGUAUUCAUUUUCAUAAUAAUGACAUUUUUUUAAGUCUGUUAAAGUCAAAUUGUAUUGUGUUUUGAUAUUGAGACUUCUUUGUAAAUAUAUAUUUUUUUGUAAAUAAAUUCUUUGAAAUGAA